AGGUGAAAGGUGACUCCAGUGUGAAAACAUGGUUGAACAUGGGGAUGUCCGCGUGGUUUAUCGGGGAGGCAGUAAAAUCAACUUCAGGGAGCCGAUUAUCAGCAGUGAUUCCAAGUUCCUGCUCUGCGUCUCAGGUGACUCUGUAAAGGUGUUCAGUACUGUCACAGAAGAAUGUGUCCACGAGCUGCGGGGACACACCGGCCAGGUGACAGGUGUGCUGCUGAGACCCUCCAACCACCUUCAGGUGUAUUCCUGCUCAACAGAUGGCACCGUCAGACUCUGGGACUUCACAGACGGCAUCCUCAUCAAGACUUACAUCAUCGGAUACCCGAUUUACUCAAUCCACGCCUCUUCCAACCAUGAUGGGGUCGUCUUCGUCGUUAUUCCGAUGCAAAACGACAAAAUAGUCAAGGCGUUCCAGGUGAUUGCAGUGAACCUGCCUCAGUGUGCAGACCAGCAGGUGGAGGCUCGGGAGCUGUCUGCGGUCCUGAGUGACGUCAGCUCCAAACCUGCAGCCAUCGCCUUCGGUCGAGGGGGAGAGUAUCUGGUGUCGGUCCGGGGUGUGCAGAUGGAAAUCUAUUUCUUCAAGAAGUCCAAGUCCUACAGGUUUUUCCUGAAAGAAGACAACAAGAAAGGAGGCAGGAACUUGUUUACAUGCGUCGCCUGUCACCCAAAAGACGACUGCGUUGCUACGGGGCACGAAGACGGCAAAAUUCGACUGUGGAGAAACUUGAACCACGAGAAGGAGUACACCUACUCCACCCUCCACUGGCACUGCAGCGCCGUGAGCUCGGUCCGCUUCACCCCUGAAGGCACCAACCUGCUGAGCGGAGGAAUAGAGUCCGUCCUGGUCCAGUGGAGGUACAACCAGGAGAGCCAGAAGGACUUCCUGCCCCGACUGGGCGCUGCCAUCACGCACAUCGCCGUGUCGCCCGACGGAGCGCUGUUCUGCACCUCCCACAGCGACAACAAAAUCACCAUCAUCCAUAGUUGUGUCAAAGUUUCUGCCGUCAUUCAGGGUCUGGUCAAAGGUGAAAACGUCAGAACGGACCUGAUGGUGGAUCCACGCAGCAAAGCUCUGGUUCUGAACGGAAAACCGGGUCAUCUUCAGUUUUAUUCCCUGCAGAGAGACAAACUUCUGUUCAACCUGGACGUCGUGCAGCAGGAGUACAUCCACGAGUCGGGCCUGGAGCAGUUCGAGGUGGUCCGAGCGGCGUUCGACGCCUCGGGGUCCUGGUUGGCUACGGUCGAGGAAAGGAAACGGGAAACUGCUGAUCUGGAGCUGAACCUGAAGCUGUGGUGUUUUGACGAGCAGCCCCAGAGUUUCGUGCUGAACACGACCAUCUCGGCCCCCCACGAGGCGCGGAUUACAGCCGUGUGCUUCAACGAGACGGCGGACAGCCGGACCACCACGCUGGUCUCCAGCAGCACAGACGGACACUUCAAAGCCUGGCAGCUGGCGGUACCGGACCACACAGACGACCAAGAUCCUUCCUGGUCGUGUGAAUUUGUCGGAGACUACCACGGCCUGGUGCCGGAGCGCUGCUGUUUCUCUGCCGACGGCUCGCUGCUGGCCGUCGGCUUCCAGGAGGUGGUGACGGUGUGGAGCGCUGCAUCAUGGGAGCUGCUGACGACGCUGUCCCAGCCGCCAGGAGGCAUCAGGGAUCUUUGUUUUGGACGACUGAGCUGUUCCAAAUAUCUGCUGGGAACCAACAACAAGAAGAUGCUCUGCUGCUGGAACCUGCUCAGCUGCUCCUUGGAGUGGAGCACCUCCAUGGACGUCAGCUUGCUGCUGGCCGACCCGCUCUCCAAGAACAUGGCUGCGUUCUGCUUCCAGAACGGUUCCACCGACUUGUUUGUGUUCGACCCCAGCGAGCCGCUGCCGCUGUUUUCCCAUAAGGCCGUGUGCUCGGGGAGGGUGACGCACGCCGUGUUCGCGCCGAGGGAGGCGAUGCUGGAGAGCUGCGAGGAGAGCAGCCAGUGGCUGAACCGCUCGCAGCUCUACUUCCUCACACAGUCCAUGGACCUGCUGACGUUCAGCACCAGAGCAGAAGAAGAAAAGCUGAUGGCUUCGAGCAAACAGCUCGUCGUCGAUGACUCCAUCGCCGUGACGCCGUUCUACCUGCUGCUGGGGAAACAUCAGCGUCCCGAUGAGGCGGCGAGCGGCCCGUCAGCUGACGUAGCUCCUCCUCUUCCUCACAGCUCUGCGACCGUUAAAGAGCUCCUGCAGACCCCGGCCCACGUCCUCCCCUCCACCUCCUUCCUGUGCUCCAUGUUUGUCAAAUCGCUGCUCGUCUCCGUCUCAGGAGCCAGGGAGGAAAACAAACGCCUGGAGGAGGAAACGGCGAGCGAGAAAGAAGAAGAAGACGGCGACUCAGAAGAGGAAAUGGAGACCGGGAUCACGAGACCUGAGCAGAGGUCACGGGGGGCGCAGGAGGAGGGCUCGGCCCCCGCCCUAACGAAAGCUGAGGUCAGAGAACUGAGGAGGAUCAGGAGAAUGGACCACAGCUGGCUCACGGGCCUCCUGGACCCCUGACACACGUCUGCUGCUGAGGCCCAAACUGGACCUGGACUCACGUUACAACAGAACAUUCUGAGUUCUGAUCGGACUCACCGUCUUCACGGCGCCGGUCCUGACCCAUUCCUGUCGCUCUGACAGAUUCAUUUUUGCAUUUAUUGGAAAAUAAACCAAUUUUCUUUUC